AAAAGAAAAUAGCUGGAAGAAUGCGUUGGAGGAGGUGUGUCGGAAAUACUAGCUUCAGUACUGAACUGCUGUUACUCUCGGGGAAGAGUUUAGGAAAGUCCUCUCAGCAAGUCUGAAGUGGAGUUGGAGCAUUGGCCAACUUGUGUUUGCCUGAAUGCUGUCUCCUUGCCAACCGGGUGAGGUCGGCGACCACUUUUUGAAGAGCUGCUUUCGCCGAGGUCUGCGUUAUUUACCUCCUUCUACAAUCCUCGCAUUUCAAAAGUCUUGCUGGAAUUUGUUCCUGUGCAACUGAAAGGAAAACAACACACGUGCGUUGUCUAGGGGUUACCUGGACGGAAAGUCUGUGUAGAAAUUGCUGGAGAAACGCAUCUAUGAAGAGAAAGCAAAGUCAAAGUUUCGAUUCCAGUGAUCCUUCUUCAGAACAGUCUUUAUAUGAUAGAAGGACCUAAGCAGCAUUUCUUAAAGGUCAUCUACUUGAGAGUUUCUAAUUUAAUCAAAAGCUAUUUCUUCACUGGAAAAAGAUAAUUGAACGACAUUCAGGGUGACUUAAGGAGCUGACAUGAACCUGGAGCAGUUGGCUGAGAAAGAGCUUUGCAAAGAUGAGGAAGAACAGAAAAUUUUGAGUGGUGCAAGUUCAGUUUCAGUGCUUACUCCAUUUGCUGCAGUCCCUCCCCCAGAUCUCAGUCAUCCAUUUUUUGAUGUUGCAAGGCAUGGAAUAGUGCAAGUAGCAGGUGAUGACAAUUAUGGAAGAAAACUGGUUAUUUUUAGCAGUUGUCGAAUGCCUCCUUCCCAUCAGCUUAACCAUCGGAAGUUGCUUGAAUACCUGAAGUACACUCUGGACCAGUAUGUUGAGAGCGAUUAUAUUCUUGUUUACUUUCAUUACGGGCUCCGGAGUAGCAACAAACCAUCUUUAAGUUGGUUGCAGCAUGCCUACAAGGAAUUUGACAGAAAAUACAAGAAAAAUCUCAAAGCCCUUUAUGUUGUGCACCCGACAAAUUUUAUUCGAAUCCUUUGGAAUAUUUUCAAGCCAAUUAUAAGUCAUAAAUUUGGAAAGAAGGUAAUAUAUGUAAAUUACUUAAGUGAUCUGAGAGAACAUCUGAACUAUGAUCAGCUCAUCAUUCCUUCUGAAGUAAUUAGGUAUGAUGAAAACCUCAGAGCAUCUCAAAAGGGAGGACCACCUCAACCAGCAAAGUCACCCCCACCUCGACCUCCACUUCCCCAGCAACAAUUUGGAGUCACUCUGCAAUAUCUCCGGGACAAGGGAAAUGGAGAUCUCAUUCCUCUGGUGGUGAGACAGACUGUUCAGUUCCUGAAGCAAAAAGCACUUAAAACUGAAGGUUUAUUCAGAAGAUCGGCCAAUAUCCAGGUCAUCAAGGAAAUCCAGAAACAAUACAAUCUGGGAAAACUGAUUAAAUUUGAGGAGUAUGGGGAUGAACAUAUUCCAGCGGUCAUCUUGAAAACUUUCUUCCGCGAGCUUCCGCAACCACUUCUGACCUCUCAGGUUUAUGACCAGGUCCAAAGCAUUGGAAGUGUUGAAAGCAGUCUACGGGUAACUCGAUGCAAGCAAAUAGUACAAAAACUUCCAGAACACAACUACAUUGUCGCAAAAUACUUGAUAUGCUUUCUUAACAUGGUAUCCCAGGAGAGUAUCUUUAAUAAAAUGAACCCAUCAAACUUGGCCUGUGUCUUUGGAGUGAACCUGAUCUGGCCCACAGAGGGACCUGCAACUUUGCAUGCUCUAGCUCCAAUAAACAUGUUCACUGAGCUACUGAUUGAGUACUACAGCCAGGUCUUCAGCUGCAGGAUUCUGCCCAACGAGGUGCUGCCAUAAACUCUAUUAUAAACACUGUAUCUAACCUCAGUCAACUGAUCUUAAUGGGUACCCAUGUUAUUGAUGGAAAAGCCAACUGCUGUAGUCUGUUCUGUAUUUUAUGACAUUGCCCUCUGACCCUGAUUGAAUAGCUCUCACGUUUGGAUGCUUGAAUUUUGUUUGUCUCUUGCUUCUUCACCAUCUUUGUAUUAGCAAGUGAUAAAAUGAUCAGAUGUUGGUUCAACUGGCUAGUUAAGUGCCAUUCAAAUUGUCCUUGAAUUCUCUCUAUAAAAUGAGAAAACUGAUGUUUAAAAAGUCAAUAUUUUUGUCUGUACACGUGGUAGGCUUUUGAUGGGCCUGUUAAUUUUCCUUUUAUUUGUCCAGUUCUAGUUUUGCCUUUGUAGUAGGGGAGGUGCAAGUUUGUCCUUUGCCUGCUGAACUGUGGGUAUGUGUAGUUCAGGGAUUAAAACAAGAAAAUCAUAUUUCUUAAUAUUUAACACUUGUGGAAAAACCUGCAAUUUCUCAUUAUUGUCAGGACAGAAUAUUAAUGUGACUCACACAUUUGUGCCAAAAAGCAGUAUUAAUCUUCUGCUGCACAUUGUUGUUAAGGGCUAUGAGAUGCCAAUGUUUCCCUAUCCAAUAACAUUAAAUGUAAAAGAGUGAUCUGAUAAGAGUAAAUAAGGCCAAAUGUAUUUAAUGUCACUCAAGUUUAAGGGCACAUUGGCUUCCGAAGCUAAGGGAGUGGUAGUAUUAUGUAGUGUCUGCAACAAAUGUAGAGACCAGUAGUGAUGUACCUGUUAAACCAGAAAGCUUCAACACAAAAUGUUUCUUCCCCUGUGCUAGUUUUCCUUUUAUAUUCUGCUUGAGAAUUCUCAUACUGAGCUCUCAGUGACCGUUAUUGCUGAAAUAUGAAGACUUAAGUUAAAAUCCUGAAAUGUUAGCAGCUGAGUUGGGACCAUUGACGUAUCUUUCACGUCGCACUAUUGCAGGUGUCAGACCAAACAGUCUCCACUCUGCACGCUGGGUUUGCUUCAGUUUGAAGUGCAAGAAGACCAGCCUACUUGUGCCAUGGAUUGACAAUUUGUAUUUAAAUGGGAAGGAAGUUUUUUUUUCAUCCACUAUUUAUAUUUUUGUUAAAUUAAUAAAAUGUGACAUUGACUCCACUGUCUGAUUUUGUAACAUUGUUUUCUUGUAUUAGAAUAACAAAUCUGGAUCUUUCUGUCCUAAUCGUUCUUCUGCCCAGGGUUUGUGAUGGUUGCUGUUACUGUGGUGAUCAUAGCUGCUGGUUAAAAACAGCGGUGGUAAAAUAUUUUAUAAUGCUUUACAGCAUUCUUUUUAGCGCAUAGCUAUCUCACACUUCAGUGAAAAUGUGGUUCAUUAAAUCAUCACGAAUAAACCAAUAAACUAAUUACAAGGUU